AUGUUCCGUUCCCAGCUUAGCAGAGAGUUGACCCAGUUCAAGCAGAUUAGACAACAAAAAAAAUCAGAGAAAGGCAGCGAACACAAGCAGCGUUGCAGCGGCAAUCCUGUUGAGGUGAAUACGGAACAUCCUACUUACCAACUUGAUCUUCUCCGUGUGGUACGUGAUAUUCAUUACAGACAAGUUGCUGAAGUUGUGCGUUUAGUGAUGGCAGAUAGCGAAACGAAAGCCCGGCGUAAGUUGGAAGAGGCUGAGAAGAAAACGCGAGGCGGUGGAGGCUUGCUUGGCAAAAUUUUUGGAGGGGGUGGAUCUGAUGAAGCUGCUGACCUUUUCAUUCAGCACGACGUUGAAGAAUCGGAAGUCGUCGAUGAUGGAGAUGGUAUUGUUGAUACGUCAACUACUUGUAGUGACGCUGUAACGGAAUGUGACUUGUGCGGCCGUGAAUUCUCCAAUAUCGUCGAUUUCGAGUCGCACUACGACGCUGCUCACUCGCAUCAGUGCGUUGCCUGCUCGAAAAUGUUCAUCACAAACAAAGCUCUAGACGUGCACAGUGACGAGAAACAUUGUCCUUUCCACAAAUUACGGAUGGAACAAAAUCCAAGUGGUCUUCAUUUCAAAUGUUACCAUGAUCAUUGUGACGAGAGCUUUGCCGAAGAAGGCGAACGUGACAAACAUUGUCGCGAACGGCAUGCUAUCGACAGCGCUGAAGUCAUUAUAGAACGACGGAAACUUGCCAAGAGAGUCUGUGAUCUCGGGUCUUCUCUAGACAAACUAGCCGUUUCCUCGCGAAAGAAGAAUGCUGUGCCAAGAGCAAUACGUUUUGGAGAAGGACAAGAGAGAGGAUUCCAAGGUGUUCGUAAAGUGCGACAUUCACAGCCCAAGGACUACGAUGCUGGAAAUUUGUUUAAAAUGGCAAAAUUAUGGAAAGAAGGUGGCGAUGCGUUUGUCAGGGCGGCUGAACUUCAUGGAGCAAAGGGAGAUUCUAAACAUGAUUGUGCGAGUCAGUAUGCAGAAGCCGCAAAUUGUUAUAGGAAACUAGCUGUGGAUUGUUUAUUGAAAACUGCUGAAAUCUACACAGAUAUGGGCCGCUUCAAUAUGGCAGCGAAAAAUCACGUUACGAUUGCAGAACUGUUUGAGACGGAAUGCCCUGAUACGGAGCAGUGUAUUCAGCAUUAUCAAAAAGCAGCAGAUUAUUAUAAAGGAGAAGAGUCCAAGAGUAGCGCUACGAAAUGUUUGAUUAAAGUGGCUCAGGUUGGUGAACUUUGA